AUAUAAUGUAAUUUCGGCUUUAGGAGUCCUUAGAUUUCAAAACACUUCAAAGAAAAAACAGGGAAAUUACAAUAACGUCAAUACAUUUUCAAUUACUACUGUAAAACUUGGAAAAUUGAGGAUUCAAGUAUAUUAAGUUGGAAUCUGAACGCUUAUUACAACGUCAUAUCCAAUCACAAUUUCAGCUGUCAUCGAUCUUGCUCUGCGUGGGUUGUCAAAAAAUGACGAUUGUUUAACAAUAUUGUUUAUCGCCUAUACUAUUUAAAGCUAAAUUUAUUAGUUUCAAAACUUUUUAAAUAUUUGAAUUGACAAUGUUUUGUUGCCUAAAGGGGUGUCUCAACGGGUUUAAUCUUACUCCAACUGUUCCCAUUCGUAUCAAGGAGAAUCCCGUUCAGCUGGAUACUUUACAUAUGGGACAUGAGGUGGUAGUGGUGAAAGGAGGGCAGCGUGUGUGUGGGUCAGGCUGCGCACUGGGCAAUGCGCCGCUGGUGCAGAACAAGGCAUACUUUGAGGUGAAGCUGCAGCAGGGUGGAGUGUGGGCAGUGGGCCUGGCCACAAGGGACACUGACCUUAAUAAAGUACAUGGCGGAGUGGACAAAGAGUCAUGGUGCCUGAACAGUGACGGCACGGUGCGGCACGGGAACGAGGAGCUGUACCACUUGUCGCCGGCGCCGCGGGACUCGCCCACGGCCGACCUGCUGGUGGCCACGGACGCGCCGGCGCCCGCGCCCGCGCCCCGCGACGACGCCAACCCCUUCGCCGUCAUGCCGGUCGAGGGCGACACCAUCGGACUCGCCUACGAUCAUGUUGAGCUCAAUUUCUUCGUAAAUGGAAAAAAUAUGGAGAUACCUGUUAGGAACAUCAGGGGGACGAUUUACCCCGCUUUAUAUGUUGACGAUGGUGCGAUAUUGGACAUUAUAUUGGACAACUUCCUGUACCCUCCUCCGACGGGCUAUGAAAAAAUCAUGGUGGAGCAAUCCCUACUCUAACAGAAGAGACGAGAACAGUGAGCAUGGACAGUCGAGUGUGCGCGCGUGCGGGCCGCGGCCCGCGGCUGUAUACGUCACGCGUCACGCCUGCUGUACUGAAGUGUAUGUCGGGGUGCAACGGCAUCUUUACUUAACCUACAGCUCAACAGGAAAGGUACGCGCGAUAUAAACCAUCAUGUACUGCUACCAAGUUUGUAUAAUCAUUAUUAAGCAGACCAAGCUUAGAGCCUAACUAUUUACUAGACAGAAUAUUUCAAUACAUUAACCAAUUUUAAAAAGAAAAUGAAACGUAAUCACAAUUUUACCGCCAUUGAUUUCUCCUGAGGAUUUACAACAAACUCAAAUAAGAGCGGCUGUUUGAUACACCUACUGAUGAAGAUUAUCUUACUAAUAAGCAUUCUUAAGUGACGUUAUAGACAUCACUUUUCUGAUAUUUCGUACAAAAAUGACGAGGUCUUGCAAACAUAAUGCUGUUGUCCGUGCAGUGCCCUGAUCCGCAUAAGGAUUUUCACUCGUGUUACAUACUAUACUAUUAAAUACUACUUACUAAUCUUGCUUAUCGCAAAUGAAGCAUCAUAACCGUUAUUUACAUUCCUGCCAAUUUGUUUGGAAGAACCUCUGCAGUUUUAACCAUAAUUGAGACGGUAGACUCGAAAUAGUUAUUUGUUUUACAAGGGGGCAAAGUUGUUGUUUAACCUCUCGUACUAAUAUUGAUACCCGAGCAAGCGAAAGAUUCCAAAAAUGAACCGGUUCGAAAAGUGGAAUUUUGAGCGUUGCGAGAGUAGCUUCACAUGCCCGGAGGGCAAACCGGCCAGAAAUAGGAGUCCCGUGUAGCGGAGCUCCGUCUAGUUAAGUUGUGAAGGAAACGUUGUUUUGAAAUGAAACAGUGUGGUGGGACCAUGGUUGAAAUAAAAAAAAAUACCCGUGGUCCCCAUGUGGUACAAAAGCUGUGGUACCACGGUUAGAACGUGAACAGAUUUUGCCAUGAGUGAAACACAAAAAUGUUCACCACACCAACGCAAGGAAAAUAGUAACUGUAAAAUAUCAAUAAAACCAACCAAAUCAAUUAAAAACGAAUGUUAUUAUUAAAUAUUUUUCAUUCAAAAUCGAUAUUUGUAUUAGGCCCCGCACGUUGAAAUGACAUUCGAAUAUGAAGGUAACUUGAAUGUUAUUUUGUCUCACUCAGUGAGCAAAAUGCGAUUUUGCUCACUGUUUUUAAGCAGCAAAUUACCCUUGUUCCAGCUGCUGACGUGAAAAAUAUUUUGUUCCACGAUAGCUCAAAAUGAAGGCGAAAAAAGAUUGCUAAUAUCGCAAUAAGAUUUGCAAAUAUAAAUAUGCUUUGUGUUUACUUAGAUAACAAAGCUGAUAUAAACAACUUAAUAUUGUAACAAUACUUCUGUAAGUAGAAGGACAAAAAGCUAGACGAAUAGAACGACUAUCUAUUCGUAUUAUUUCAUAUCAUAUACAUUUAGAUUUGUAAGAUGCAGACGAUAAAAUAUACAGCGUGGAAGAAUUUAUUGUCCUGAUUGUUCUCACCCAACGUGCGUUAGAAAAAUAUGACCGAUUAUUGGCUAAUCUACUAUCUAGUUUUUCAUAAAAAUUAUACAUAGUAAAUGCAGUUGUUCUUCUUAAGAAACAAUAUUUUCCUUGCGGCCCAAUAAUGGCUUCCACUCUGUAUACAAUAUGUUGCGUGUACCUAUUGAUUGAUCUCUGUUAAAAGUUAUUUAAAUUAGUUCCUUUUGUAACUGUAACACUAGCCACAAUGUUUAAAUUAGUAAUUCCUAACAAUUGGACUAGUUGUUCCUAGCCUUGCGGUGUUGCAGUUAUGGUCUCCUGCGACAAACACCAAAACAUAUGUAAGUCUGAAAGGUGCGAGCUGUUAUCGAACCGUAACUACAUACUUAUACCUAUACAGACUCUAAAAUUAAAUCUAUAGUACCGGGCCGGGAAAACGGCUUUCCUCUCUAUAGUUCGUUGUUUUAGCAUUAGAAAAAAGGUAAACAAUCUUGAAAUGUCUUUUUUUUGAAAAACGUCUUUUUAAAGUCCGUAAAUAUUACUUAUCAAAGCAAAAUAAUGUAAAUGAUCGUAAGUACGUGAACUCUUUACUGGCACGAUUUUAAUGACGUAAAUCAAUAACGAAGUAAUAUAAUCAUAAAUUUACCUAAUGCCUCAAAAAAUCAUGUCCCAUUAAUGUUAUGUAAGUUAAUAGAGCAUUAUUGUGUGCUGAGUUAAGAUACUGGUUAUGUUUCCAAUGUAAUUCAAUGAAAUUUAAAUGUGCAUAUACAAGAAAUAAUAUUUAAAUACUAAAAUAUAAUAUUUAAAUAUUAAUUGCACCACAAAUCACUUUUACAGUAAAUACAUAUGGUGCUACUUUUCCGCAUAGUGCGGGAAUAAGUACCUUCCGUGUCUAUGUCAAAACUGUAAAAAGUUGUACGAUACACUUGCGAAUAAGUAAUUCGCAACUCGUGUCGAUUUUAUUUAUCACCACACGUUACAUAUUUCCUAUUUUUCGCAGUUGUAUCGUAAAUAAUUAUUGUUUGAAAACUUGCCGCUAUCAGUGUAACGACAGUUAUCGUGAAUUUGCCCAACUGACGUAUUGGGCGAGCCUGUUUCACGAGGUUACCGUCUUUUGAUAUACAAUGAAUAAAACUUACUGUUUAUAUGUAUAGGUAUAGGUACGUGGCUUCUUGACUUUUCAAUCAUAUUUUUAUAUAAAUAUGCCAGCAGCGGUAUUAUGGUCGCAUUUCUAUCAUCUGUCAUGUCAUGCGUCACUUUCGCACUUACAUACUUGUUAGAACGUGGCAGGCAUAAUGACAAAUGAUAAAGAGCCGACCAUCUUAGCCCUACAGAAUCGUUAAUAUUAUAUCCUAUUCUUCAUUAUUCUGGAUUUAAGUACCUACGGGAGUAGUCAUUUCAUUGUAAAACGACACAUACCGAUCAUUAAGUACGUAGCUCGAGUUACCUAGACAGAGACUAGAAUUAUCAGAAUAGAGUCAGGGCGUGUUUCCAGCGCCGACAGUGGGAGGAUAAAGAGCCAUCACAGACAUAUCUUACAUAUAGAUCUGAAUGUCUAUGGAUGGAAAUUACGUCAAGUAUUGAAUACAGAUUUCGUUUGAACAUAAACAAUAUGAUCCGAAAUCAUAGACAACAAUCAGAGCCAUAGGCAAUUACAGGAGCUCAUGGACAUGUGGCUCCAGGCAGCCGCCAAUCAGCUGAUUGUGAGUUAACGCGUGUGUAGAUUCGUUAAUACAUUAUUCAUUCCAUUCACCGAUCCCUAAAUUACAAGACCUUUUAUACUGAUAUACUCUUCGCCAUAUGGUAUUUAUUAACGUUACAACUAAAUUAUCUACUUACUACUUCAAACUCUAUGAAACAAAAUCUAUUUUUGUAUGAAUGUAGUAUUCUAAUGAAAAUUUAAUGUGUUUAAUCAUAAUCGCGUAUACUUAGUAACAGUAUGAUAUCUACUUGUCAUGCUAUGACUUAUUGAAAUAAAUAUAUGUAAAUGUAUGAAUAAUAAUUUUCUAUAUAUAGAUAGGCGUAUUGCUAGCGGUACGAGGGAUAAAACGACGACUGGCUAUGAUAACUGGAGGGAUAUUUGAAAUUAUACCUAAUUUGUGUGUGCUUUCAACUUAGCUUAACAUUUGUAUGUGAUGAAGUAAGUAGAGAAUGUUGUUGUUGGAAUUCAUUUGAUGAAAUUAUAAAUCUAUGAAAGUGUCGUAUAGGCAAUUGCGUCGAUGCGAAGGCAGUUAUUAAUAAAUUAUGUAAAUGAGCGCAUCAUGCACCCUGCCUGCAUAAAUUGGCACGUUACAAAUUCAGAUAAUUUAUGUGAUACUUGUUCAGUUUGUUACCAAGAUUUAACAGUUUUACAUUAACUAUGCGUAUUUUUCGUAUCGUAAUAACUACUAACUUUGUCCAAAAGAACAACUGUAAAAAGGCAAGGAUAAAAUACCUGCUUACCUAUAUUAAUGUUGAAAGUAUUCAAGAAAGUUGCUAAUACCUAGUGUUGAUAAUUGUUUUAGUUACAAUAAAAAUCCUAGUAACAAAAUGAUCAAGUUAGCUUAUGCUAUAAUAACGAAUGGAUAUGUUUCAACUGCGUAUUAGGCUACUGCGUUACUAAUAUUUCACCGGCAUGUCCAGUAGGUUGUAAGUGUUGCAACUGCUCAAUGAAAUGAAAUCAACUUGUUACUGCUGUAAUAACAAAUACAGGUAAGCAUCAUCUGACGCUGGUGCGAGGCUGUUGAAAUCGAUGUAGAUAGUAGGUAGGUGUUGUAUCGAAAUCAAUUUAAAGUUAUAGACGGCAAAUAAUCACCUAUUAUUCUUUUGUACUAAUUAUUUUAAGCUUCAAUGAGGUCUCGCGACCUACAGAUUGGCAUAUCCGAAAGCAAAUAAUUGUAUUCAUUAUUGUAAAGAAUUAAUUUAUUAAGAAAACAUAAUAACAAAAUAAAUGUAUUAUGUACUGUCA